AGUAGUAGCAGUAGUAGUAGCAGUAGUAGCAGUAGUAGUAGUAGUAGUAGCAGUAGUAGUAGUAGCAGUAGCAGUGGUAGUAGUAGUAGUAGCAGUAGUAGUAGUAGCAGUAGUAGUAGUAGUAGCAGUGGUAGUAGCAGUGGUAGUAGUAGUAGUAGCAGUAGUAGUAGUAGCAGUAGCAGUAGUAGUAGUAGUAGUAGCAGUAGUAGUAGCAGUGGUAGUAGUAGUAGUAGCAGUAGUAGUAGUAGCAGUAGCAGUAGUAGUAGUAGUAGUAGUAGUAGUAGCAGUAGCAGUGGUAGUAGUAGUAGUAGCAGUAGUAGUAGCAGUAGUAGUAGUAGCAGUAGUAGUAGUAGUAGUCGUGGUAGUGGUAGUAGUAGUAGUAGUAGUAGUAGUAGUGGUAGUAGUAGUAGUGGUAGUGGUAGUAGUAGUAGUAGUAGCAGUAGUAGCAGUAGCAGUAGUAGUGGUAGUAGUAGUAGUAGUAGUGGUAGUGGUAGUAGUAGUAGUAGUAGCAGUAGUAGCAGUAGCAGUAGCAGUAGUGGCAAUGGUAGUAGUAGUAGCAGUAGUAGUGGUAGUAGCAGUAGCAGUGGUAGUAGUAGUAGUAGUAGCAGUAGUAGUAGUAGCAGUAGUGGUAGUAGUAGUAGUAGCAGUAGU